ACAAUAAAUCAAAUUUACAAUAAAUACAAAGUAUAUAAAGUACAAGUUUUAAAAAAGAAUUUAUGCCGCUGGCUUUUUUGUCGUCUACUUAAAAGCAAUAAAAGAAAUAAAAACGAAACGUGAUCAUACGAUAUUUUGCAUUUACGUCGUCAUUAUCAAAAUCAUCAUCAGCCUAGCUGGCAGCAGUCAGUCAAUAAACCAACCUGCGCUGCUGAUUGAAACGUCGCAAUUCAGAUGAGAAAAAAGUGCCAAAAUCGGCAAACAAACACAAACUGCAGUGGAAAAGACAAUACACAAACUGGUGAAGAUUCGACAAUUAAACAUUUACAGAUAUUAACAGAUAUUUAGAGAUAUCUACAGAUCUACAGAUUGCAAUGCAACGAGUAUCUAAACUGAUUAAAAGAUUUCGUAAACUUGUUUAGCUCGUCAAACUCUUGAGGUUUUGCUCGUGAAGAUCGAUCGAAUCACAUACGUUCACAAAAUUGAUCAAUUGCAAAAAUUAAAAAUUACACAAUCACGCGAUAGUGAUAACCUACUGCUCCCGAAAUAAAACAGUUAAGAAACGUCAGACUCAGCCAUCAGCAGUUGCAGCUCGUUACAGGCACGUUUCCAUCUAUGAUUUUAUUCUAAUUUGGUGUCAAUUAGGACAAAUACUCUAAACCCAAAAAUGCUCGGUUUAUUAGUGAAUUUCGUGCAUAGUGCUCUCGAAUUUUCAAUGUUGGGGUGCAUUGAAGCAGCUUCAAUUGCCCUCAUCAUUUACUACAUUUAUGCAAAAACAAGAGCACCUGCAAUAAUUGCUGGCCUGUUUCCUAACUUAAAUUUAAAUAUCGAUUAUCGAUCAUCAUUGAUAAAGUUUAACAACAUGGGCAAUGAACUUUUAAUUACAUUACGCAAUAGUACUAAAUUAGAAACUAGGUCUGCACAGACACUUCAACAAAGUUCCGGAACUCAAAAUAUGUUGAACUUAACACCACAUGCUGGACGAAAACCUUUUGUCUCGAGUUUCAAUUAUAAUGUUUUCUUCUCCCAUUUGUCUCAGGUUUUAAACAUUAAAAAAUUUAAUUAUCCACAGAUAUCAAAUAUAGUUCAAAAGGAUUCAGUUUUACAAAUUGCAAUAAAGCAGGCUGUCGAACAAAUUUUACGCGAACAACGUAGCUCGAAUGGUACUCGGAUUUUGGAUAGAUUGAAAAACGAUCAUAACCAAGAUAGCAAUGCGCGUAGUGAGCAAGAAGAAUUAAAUUAUCAAAAAAUUUUAAAAUCACAGGAAAAACGUACCAUUAAUACAUUAAAAAAUAUGCGUUCAUCCAUUAACACAUUUUUGAUUCAACUCACUUCUUGGGUUUUGUAUAAGUUGCUACCAUGUUUUUUGACGGGUGUUGUUACAAAUACCAAACAAAUUAAAAUGCUGAAAAAAAUUUCGGAUGACGCACCAGGUGUUCCUUUAAUCUUUGUACCAUUACAUCGAAGCCAUCUUGAUUAUAUAAUGGUAACUUUUAUAUUAGCAAAUAAUGACAUACGAUGUCCAAUCGUUGCAGCAGGUGAUAAUUUACAAAUUCCGGUAUUUGGGGGACUAUUGCGAGGAUUAGGCGCAUUUUUUAUUAAGCGUAAAAUAGAUCCAGUUGUAGGCAACAAAGAUAUAUUAUAUCGUGCGAUUCUGCAACUCUAUAUACAACAUGCACUUAAGAACGGUCACAACAUAGAAUUUUUCAUAGAAGGAGGACGUACGCGCACUGGCAAGCCAUGUAUGCCUAAAGGUGGAAUAUUAUCAGUAGUUGUUAAUGCGUUUAUGGAUCACAGCAUCAGUGACGCUUUACUUGUACCAGUUUCAGUAAAUUAUGAGCGUUUAGUUGACGGUAAUUUUGUAAGAGAACAAAAGGGACAAAAAAAAGAAGCUGAAUCAUUUUCCAAAGCAAUAAGUGCUAUAUGGAAGGCACUUACAUCAAAUUAUGGCCUCAUGCGUAUAGAUUUUAACGAACCUUACUCAAUCCGUCAACUUGUUCAAUCCUACAAUAAAAUAACCAAAGAUGAAACUUUACCAAACAGUUAUAUAUCAGCGCAAAGAGUUUUACAACACAACCAGUCUACUUCUUCACUCUAUGGUACUGAUGUAGUAUGCGAAGAACAUCGGAACCUUAUCGAUAGUAUAUCUCGCCAAAUUGUAUAUGAUUGCGCACAGGCAACUUCAGUUAUGUCAACUAAUGCAUUAUCGUUUAUAUUACUUACUGAACAUAGACAGGGGGCAACUGGCAAAGAAAUUGCGAAAAGUUUUGAUACAUUACGUGAAUCUUUGUUUGGUCAAAAAGAUUUGGGUUUUGCAGGAGAAUCAUUACAGAUUGUAUUUUACGCUGCUGAUUUGUUGGGAGAUUUGAUUACAACAUAUACUAAAGAUGGGGAAACAAUUUUUAAGCCUCAGUCUAACAUCGAAAGUAUGAUUGAAUUGUCAUAUUAUUCCAAUAUGUUGACACCACAUUUUGCUCUGCAAUCUAUUUUAUUAACUACAUUUCAUUCUCUAUUACCUACGAAAGAGGAAAGCUUGUCAGAAAGUGAUGAAUCACCUUUAAUAGGAAUAACAAGGACAAAACUUGUGGAAGUAGCUGAACAAAAUUGUGAUGUAUAUAGGUACGAGUUUAUUCUAUGCAAACCUACAGAAAAUCUGAAAGAUGCAUUAUAUAAUGCACUGGAUGUCUUGAUUGAAAGGCAGUAUUUCAACAUGAAUGAAAAAUUGUUUAUAUGCGAAGCUGAUUACGUCAAAUACACUAAAACUUCCUAUUUUGAGGACGGUUCCGAAGAUGAUUAUAACGAUGUGGAACAACCGGACAUAUUUUUUGAUCGUGAAUCAAUAAAAAUGCAAAAAGCAAUAUGCGAGGUGCUGGCACCGUUUGCAAAUUCAUAUCUAGCUGUAGCCCAAUCACUUUACAUUUUAUACAACAACCCUACAUUAGAAACAGAAUUUAUAAAAAUUAUUAUAAACAAAUUGAUUGCAAAUGUGAAAGAAGGACAGUGUAUAUAUGCUGAAAGUGUAUCGAUAGAUUCUGUUCGAAACUGUUUAAAGCUAUUGGAGAAAUGGUCUGUCGUUCAAAUUUACAACGCAAACGGGAUGCGCUUGAUUGCUCUUAAUAGACUUUACGAAUUAAAUAUAGAGUCUUUAAAUCCAAUUAUUCAACGAAUAUCCGCUGUUGUACCAAUUUAUGAUAACGGUUACUUUUAGUUAAAAAAAUAUUUAAAACUACAUAUUUAAUGAAAAGUUAAAUUUUAUUAAUUUUUUAUACACGCUUCC